AUGUCCAACACCGACUGGAAGGCCGUCGCGGAACGCGCAGACGCGGUGCUCGCCAGCCCUAGCAUUGAGGGGUGCCAUACCAUCUUAACCGAUGCCUAUGAAAAUGGGAUGCAGCAUCCGGAGAUUCUCUGGCGCUUGGGUCGCUCCUACUACGAGAUGGCAGAGGAGUCCUCGGAUAAAAAAAUAUCCGCCUCCUACCUGGAAAAAGGGCUGGCGUUAUGCCAGCAGUCCGUCGCGGAGGAUCCGAACAACUUUGCCGCACACAAGUGGCUUGGGAUCCUUCUCUCCGCACAAGACGUCGGUAAUAAGAAAAAGAUUGAGAACGCGUAUAUCAUCCGGGACCACUUUAUGAAGGCAUUAGAAUUGAACCCUAAGGAUGCAAACUCACUCCAUUGUAUGGGGAAAUGGUGUUGGUCGGUGCUGAAAGUAAGCUGGGUAGAGCAGAAGGCCGCAAAACUGCUUUUCGGAGCGCCUCCAAAGUCGAGUGUGGAGGAGUGCUUGAAGUACCUGUUGGCCUCUGCCGAGAUGGGGAAUACGAUUCAUAACGCGGUGCUCAUCGGCGAUGUGUAUUAUUAUGAUAAAAAGAAGGCAGAGGCUAAGAUAUGGUAUCAGAAGGCGAUCGAAAUGCCAAUCACCAACAAAUUUCAAAAGAAUCUUCACGAUGCAGCAGUGUCUAAGCUAGCAAAGUGCUAG